UUGUGAUCCUGUGAUGAAUCACUGUCAGUGAUUUUGCGCGCCAUCUUUAGACUGCACACAAAUCGUUGUGCGGCCUGAAAUAAAAAUAAACAGCGUGUUUAGCCUAAAAAUGUUAUAUAUUUACUGACAUAUCGGAUAAUAUUUAAUGUACAAAAUAGUACUAGAAGACGCGUCUAUGUAGAUCAGAAUUCAGCCUUUUUAUUUUUAAUGUGCUAAAAUGCCAACCGUUAUAGCAUUGGACGUAUCUCUGUCAAUGAGACGUCCCGUAUUAGGAACCGGUUCCACUGAAAAUAAUCAAAAUGAACAACUGACGAGGCAUCAUCUAGCUGUACACGGGAUAAACGCGUUAUUACAUUAUUUACAAGUGAAUUCAAAGUUGGAAUUCGUGUCCUUAGUUGUCUUCUCUUCGUUGUACGAAGUUGUUUGUCCAUUCACUCGCGAUUACGACUGCAUACGUUCAAAAUUACAAAAUAUAGAGGAAUGCGAUAAGACUUGUAUAGAAACUGCUCUUCAUGGCGUUAACAAUGUUAUUAUGGCCGAGUGGGGUAAUACCACAGCCUGUCAAGUAGUGCUAAUCACGGAUGGCAAUCCUGGAGUAGGUCCGAUGUCUCUAGGCGACUCAUUGAAUUCUUUAAACGUAACCAGAGACGUAAAUCCAUUCCCGUUACCUUUUCCUUACCCAGGAAAGUUAAGCGUUGUAUGCAUCGCUCCGCAACAAGAUGCUGGGUUACAAAUGGGCUUACCGCUUUAUCAACGAUUAGUCGAGUUAGCCGGAGGCGACAGCGUUGUACUUGUGCCUGAGGCGCCAUUGUCAAAGCAUUCGAUCGCUGCUUGUUUCCAAAAAUUAGCAGAAAGUAAUUACGUUUCGUUUCAAGGAUAUUUAAAAUGUGGAAAUUUAGGUUCGUGUAUUCUUUUAUCGCCAGCACCCAUGCCUUAUACCAAGAAAACAGAUUUCGAAUUAGUGUCCGGUUUAAUGAUAUCAAAAACCAUAGAGAUUUGCGGAUUUAUAUCAGUGGCGGAUGUCGGUAGCCCCAGCGCUAUAUCUAGACAUUUAGUUUUACCAUUAGCUACGGAGAAGGGUCCAAGUAUGCAAGGCAUAUCUCUCGAAGAAGAUUCGGACACGGACGAGAACGGAGACGAAGGAAAAAUACCAUCGUUUUGCGUGUUAUUGCACGGAGCAUUGAAGGUCGAAAAUAUGGUAGCGCUUUGUUUAUUGAAUAACGAAUGGUACGGAUUUAUAUACUCGUGGGCGGAUACCAAAAAGAAAUCAAAUUUAAUGUUAACGGUAUUGGAACCAGGCCUGGACGUUGUACCGUGGUUAGGUAAUUUCAGUAAUUUAGGCCCGAUAGAUGCGGCCAAGGGAGCACCCGUUAGCUUUCCAGUUAGACCAAACGAAAAGAGAAGUUACACUCAGAAUGCGCCAUCUUGGAUUCGCCAAGUUGGAUUGCAAUCUGACAUUCAGAAAAUUUUAAGGCACGCAAGAAAAUUGCCAGAGAAAACGCAGAACUUUUACAAGGAAGUGAAUCGACUGCGCAGAGCCGCCGCGUCGAUGGGAUUCGUGGAGCUACUGGAAGGUUUGGCGUGCAUCUUGGAAAGAGAGUGUACAUUGUUGCCACCGAAUUUGAACCCCGACUGUACGAUUCAACUGGGCCACGUAGCUUCCAUGAUAAGAAAAUCUGAAUUUCUCGAGCUUAGGUACAAUAUACCACCGGCGCGUACCAGGUUCCAACACGGAGGAUCGUGAACGAGACGACAACAUUCGUGAUACGAUGUUAUAUUUGCAUGAAACAGUAACAAUUUUUACAUUAAAAACGAUUCUGAUGUUUUACACCGAGAUCAUUUUUUUUUUAUCUAAAAUACAAUUCGUAAGU